GUUUGUUAAUUUAACGAAUGUCUAAGUGGUUAGAUUUGAGCCUAACUUGUACCCAAUUAAACUUCAACCAGAGUGUUGCCAACACGUACAGCAAUCGUAGUCCCAUGAAUCUGAUUGUUGAUCUUUACAAGAAUUCUCGCUUUGGACAAUUGUAUUUAGGAAACAUCAAUGCAGCCAAUGAUAUUAAAUAUUUAAGAGAACAUUCUAUCAAUGCCAUUGUGGCUGUAAUUGAUACAAGUGAAAUCAAAGUUGAUCCAUCAAUGACUAGAUUGUGGAUCAUGGCUGAAGAUGCAGAGAAUUUCGAUCUCUAUCGUUACUUUGAUGAAUGUGCUAACUUUAUCAGAGAUCACAUUAAGAAUACCAAUGUGUUUGUACAUUGUUAUGCAGGCAUUUCUAGAUCAGCUUCAAUUGUUAUAGCGUAUAUGAUCAAGCAUCUAGGCUACUCUCUCAAAGAGGCACUCAAGAAAGUCAAAGGGGCAAGAUCAAUUGUUGAACCCAAUUCGGGUUUUAUGAAACAAUUAUAAGACUAUGAAUACAAACACAAUCUCAAUUCCCAUCAAGGAACAAGAAAUGGAUCCUCGUUUCAUUCUAACCCUAGAGGAUCAGUUACAUCUGCUAGCAAAGGAUCCUUGCACAGUGCAAAACCAUCUUUUUUGGAUAGAAUGUCCUCUGGUUAGAAGGAUCUAAGAAGAGAAGCUGAAAGUCCUUCAGUAAGCCAAUUUUAUGUGAAUGGGAGUGCGAAAUAGAUUAAUAAUAAUAAUAAUAAUAAUAACAAUAAUAAUAAUUUGAAAAGUUUUUUUAAACAAGGAAGUGUAGGAAGUCUAUUGAAAUAGACUAACAAUGAAGACUUCUUCAGGAGGUAUUAGAAAUAAAAGAAUGUUGAAAAUAUUUGGAAUCAAGGAAUGAGUAGUCAUCAUAAAUCAGCUAUUGAAAUUAAAUCAGAUAAAAUUGAAUAAGUGAAAUUGACUCUUUAAACCUUUGGUGUCAAGAAUGUGUUUAGUGGGUCAAAUAGUAAUGGGCUACAUUUUCAUCAUAAAGGAUUAUCUUAGGGAUGA